CGAGGCCCGGGAGGAAGCGCAGGCCCGAGGAAGGGCCAGCAAACGGGGAAACCGUUCAGGAGGUCUGGCCUGGUCCGGAGGCUGAAGAGGGUCCUGGUGUGGCUGCUCCUGGUCUACGUCUCCAUCCCCUUCAUCAUCAAACUCUGCCCCUCCAUCCAGGCCAAACUGGUCUUCCUCAACUUUGUGAGAAUGCCCUACUUCAUUGACCUGAAGAGGCCCCUGGACCAGGGCUUGAACCACACCCACAACUUCUACCUGGAGCCAGAGACUGGACUCAAGAUCGGAGUCUGGCACACUGUUCCUGCCUCCAUGUGGAGAGCUGCUCAGGGUAAAGAUGGAGACUGGUACGAGUCCACGUUCAGCUCCGCCCACCCCGUCGUCCUCUAUCUCCAUGGAAACGCAGGGACCAGAGGAGGAGACCAUCGAGUUCAACUCUACAAGGUCCUCAGUUCUCUCGGUUACCAUGUGGUGACAUUUGAUUACAGAGGGUGGGGGGAUUCAGACGGCGCCCCCUCCGAGGGGGGGAUGACCUCAGAUGCUCUCUUCAUCUACGAUUGGUUGAAACAGAGGACAGACAAAACACUGCCGCUCUACAUCUGGGGACACUCUCUGGGGACGGGAGUUGCCACUAAUCUGGUCAGAAGACUGUGUGACAGAGGAAGUCCUCCUGAUGCUCUGGUCUUAGAGUCUCCGUUCACCAACAUCAGAGAGGAGGCCAAGAGUCACCCCUUCUCCAUGGUGUACAGAUACCUGCCCGGAUUCGACUGGUUCUUCCUGGACGCCAUCACAGCCAACAACAUCCGCUUCGCCAGCGACGACAAUGUGAACCACAUCUCCUGUCCUGUGCUGAUCCUCCACGCUGAGGAUGACGCUGUCGUUCCCUUUCAUCUCGGGAAAAAGCUCUACAACAUGGCGUCUCAGUCCAAGAGUCUCAAUGGCCACAAGCUUCAGUUUGUUGCGUUUCCUUCGUCCCUCGCCUACAAACACAAGUUCAUCUACAGGAGCCCAGAGCUGCCAAACAUCCUCAGUGAUUUCUUCGGUACAGCUCAUCCCAUCACUCGCUGAUUCCUCACCACGGCGACGGUGACCACUGUGACCAUGGCAACGGUUGCCGGGGGGUAGUUUUGACACUGUAGAGCCAAGAGGACAUCGGCAUGUGUGUUUUUAUCUUUUUAAAUCCUCUCAUUACUUGAACUAUGAAUUAAAAUUAUUCUGUUUUACGGACA